CUGCGUCAUUCACACUAACAUUAUCUAAUCCAUUCCCUCCUCUUUCUCUCUUCCUCCUGAAGCUCUUCCCCAAAUUCAAGGGUUUUAUCCUGUAAAAAGAACUCAAAACCCAUCUCUAGUGAAGAGCUUGAUUUCUUGUUACAAACCAAAUGGCGCUUUCAAUCUCUUCUCUUACUUCAUCUUUCUCUUCUCUCUCAUUCUCAUCUCAAAUUUCCCCUAAAUCUCAAACCUUAACAUUAUCUUCACCCACAAAAUCAAAAUCAUUUUCUUCUCAAAUUCGUCACAAGACCACACCAUCACUCGUAGUUGUUGCAUCUUCUGCGACUGUAGCUACUCCACUCGAAGUUGAGCGUAAAAGCAUUGAGAAAUUAGUCAAAUCUAGACUUCCAGGUGGUUUUGCUGCUCAAACUAUAAUUGGAACUGGGCGUAGGAAGUGUGCAAUUGCUAGAGUAGUUCUUCAAGAAGGAACUGGAAAGUUUAUUAUCAAUUACCGUGAUGCUAAGGAAUACCUCCAAGGAAAUCCUUUGUGGCUACAGUACAUCAAAGUCCCACUAGUUACGUUAGGUUAUGAAACGAGCUACGAUGUAUUCAUUAAAGCUCAUGGAGGUGGUCUGUCUGGUCAAGCUCAGGCUAUUUCACUUGGCAUUGCUCGAGCUUUGCUCAAGGUGAGUGAGAACUACAGGACUGCUUUGAGAAAGGAAGGCCUUCUGACCAGAGAUUCAAGAAUUGUGGAGAGGAAGAAAGUUGGUCUUAAGAAGGCUCGCAAAGCCCCUCAAUUCUCAAAGCGUUAAUGCUUCAAGCUUGUUUUCUGUCUGUUUUUGGUCUUUUUGUUAAAUAUCUUCUGUGGUAGUUCUAACAUUGAGUUUUCUAGGGAAGUGAUGAUUCCUAAUUCCUUUCCAGUCCUUGUCAAAUAGUUGUAAAACGCUUUAAUGCUGUUCAAAUGUGCUUAAUUACACUUCGUAUGAA